AUGGAGCGAGCCAUCUGUAUCCUCCUGCUUGUUGGAGCCGUCUUCUGUCGCCAUGAGAAAUAUGAAGGACACCAACUUUACCUUGUUUCGGGAAACGCUCACGAGUUUGAAUCUUUGGAAAGUCGGAUAGAUUUUUUAUCGAAGUCAGUCCCCAAUCCUGGAAUACUUGAAAUACUUCUACGGCUUGCUCCUCAUGAGAAAAACUACUGGCUACACUAUUUCAAUGAAAGGGAUAUGAAAUAUCAACUUAUCGCUGAAAAUUUAGCAGAUGUUAUUCGAGAUGAAGAAUUGAAACUAAGUGCGCAGAAAGCGAAGGCUACAAGCAGCAACAAUUCUAUGUCGUGGGAUAGAUACUACAAUUACCGUGAAAUAAAUGACUAUUUAGAUAGUCUUGGCGCCAAAUAUCCAGAAGUUCUAACCGUUAUUAACGCCGGUCUUAGUUUUGAGGGAAGGCAGAUAAAAUACGUUCGAAUUUCUACUUCACGUUUUGAAGAACUCUCCAAACCAGUAAUUGUUAUUGAAGCUGCAGCUCAUGCUAGGGAGUGGGUGACAGCGCCAGUGGCACUUUACCUGAUACAUAAACUAGUCGUCAAUGUGACUGAUAGGGAUUUGGUUGAGAAUUUCGAUUGGGUGAUAAUUCCCAUGGUUAAUCCCGAUGGAUAUGACUAUUCAAUGAAAGAGGAUCGUAUGUGGCGUAAUACACGUUCCACGAAUCACCCUGGCGGAGCAAGGUGCCCAGGCGUCGAUGCUAACCGUAACUUUGAUUUCGAAUUCGGGUCAUUAGGAUCUGGAUCCGACGAUCCUUGUAAAUUCAUCGCGUAUGAAGGACCCAGUCCGUUUUCUGAACCGGAGACAAAAGUUGUGAGAGAUGCAGUUUAUCAGCAUUUAAAUAAAAUCAAGCUGUAUAUUUCUGCCCACAGUUUUGGAAAUCUUGUUUUAUAUUCUUGGGGAAAUAAUGGGACAUUACCUUCUAAUGGUCUAAUGAUGCAUACUGCUGGUGUACGAAUGGCUCAGGCUAUGGACGAGUUGAAAUUGCCGCAAGCUCGUAGUUAUAUUGUUGGUAAUGCUGCUAAAGUUAUUUACCGCACCACUGGCACUUCUAUGGACUGGUCUCGUGCUAUUGGCAUUCCAUUAACUUAUGCCUUGGAGCUUCCUGGGUACAUGUAUGCAUUCAUGCUACCCCCCGAAUACCUGGACCACGUAGUGGUUGAAACUUACGCCGGUUUAGCUGCUGGAGCGCGGUAUGCUCGGUCUAUUUACAAUUGA